AUGAAAUGGCGUAACUCUAAAGAACGGGAACUGCUCGCAUCUGGCGGCUCCAGAGAACAGACGUUACCCAAUAAGAACAAUCCGCAUCCCGAUUUAUCCGACGCGGAGGCGGACAAAUCAAAAAUGUCUCCAUUAUCGCCUUUAAACGAGGAUCAAAAUGAAGACAAAAGCAAAAUGUUCGCCGCAUCUUCUAGUCAGAGUGACAGUUACCGGUAUGACGAUAAAAUGGCCAGCAGCUCGAUGUAUUCCCGCGAAAAUUAUUCAAACAUGGAAGACGGUGAAGACUUUGACAGCGACGCGAGCGCUUCCGAUGAAGAAAUCAACGUAACAUGA